CUUCGAAUGUACCAUUUGCUCAAAGGCUUGCAUGAACAUUUAACGAGGAAGGAAGAAUUCUCAGUCAUCAUUAUCGGCCUCGACGGCGCUGGAAAGACUACUCUACUGGAAAAGAUUAAGACUUUGUAUAAUGACACUCCAGGUCUUUCUCCGGACAAGAUAGGCCCUACUGUUGGACAAAACACUGGUAAGAUCACCCUGCCCUCGACGAUUCUCCAGUUCUGGGAUCUAGGAGGUCAACGGGGUAUCAGGAACAUCUGGCACAAAUAUUACGAUGACUGUCAUGCUGUGGUCUACGUUAUUGACGCCGACGACCGGGAGAGGCUGAGCGAAGGUUGGGAGGUCUUUGACUCAGUACUAUCAGCACCACAAAUCCUCGGUGUGCCCCUCCUCCUACUCGCGAACAAGCAAGAUAGUCCGCACAGUCUUUCUGUGGAAGAAAUUCGUAACGAUUAUGAGGAUUAUCACCAACGUAAGAUAGAGAACGCGAGAAGAACCGUGAGAUAUGGAGAGGGUGAGGACAUGACUGCACGGAAGGAGAGGAUCGCGAGCUUGGAUGUUAUGGGUGUGUCGGCUAUCGAAGGAACUGGAGUUAGAGGAGCUGUGGACUGGUUGUUCAUCCGUGUGCAGAAUAGUCGGAGAGAUAGACAGAAGAACACUACUAACUCAUCCACUUGAAAUGUGCCGAAUCAGUGAAUGUUGUACAUUAUAAUGGGUAGCCUAGCUUUGAAACUGAAUAGUAUUCCUCAGAAAAUUCUUCGAACGCCGCUUCCAGUGUGUAAGAACGGAAUUUCCUCAAGGUCAAGGAAUCUGGAAGAUAGUUUCUCUCCAUUAUUUAUCAGUGAUCGACUGUGGUCGUCGAGCGGCCCUCGGACGCCGAGGCGGGUCGUUAAGGUAUCACG